CACAAGCAGAUUCAUCAGGCGUAGUGACUAGUGAGUGAGAUUAGCCAGUAACUAAAGGUGGCUUAAUAAAAAUAAGGCGAGGAGUGUGUUUGAUCAUCGUAUAUGAAUUUUUCUCAAGGUUUUCACCUCUGAUUUGCCAAUUGCCACAGUGAAAUAAUCGUGGGUGUUGCCGCCUCUUCGAACGCAGUGUAUUCCAGAUUCGUUGCACUUCAACGGCAACCGAAAAUUUGGGUGAUCCACGGGAACCGAGCUAGUCGAAACACCUACAAGAAAAUACAAAGGAAUUGAACGAGAAUGCAGGCCAUCAAGUGCGUCGUGGUGGGCGAUGGUGCCGUCGGUAAGACUUGUCUCCUGAUCAGUUACACGACCAAUGCCUUCCCGGGGGAAUACAUUCCGACCGUGUUCGACAACUACUCUGCCAAUGUGAUGGUCGACGGAAAGCCAAUCAACCUGGGACUGUGGGAUACGGCCGGACAGGAAGAUUACGAUCGCCUGCGGCCACUGUCCUAUCCGCAAACGGACGUGUUCCUCAUAUGCUUCUCAUUGGUCAAUCCGGCCUCGUUCGAGAACGUCCGGGCAAAGUGGUACCCGGAGGUGCGCCACCAUUGCCCUAACAUACCGAUAAUUUUGGUAGGAACCAAACUCGAUCUGAGAGAUGAUAAGCAGACAGUGGAUAAGUUACGCGAUAAGAAGCUCUCGCCGAUCACCUAUCCCCAGGGACUGGCUAUGGCCAAGGAAAUCGGUGCCGUUAAAUAUUUGGAAUGCUCCGCCCUUACCCAGAAGGGCCUCAAAACCGUAUUCGACGAAGCGAUCCGAGCAGUGCUUUGUCCCAUCAUUCCGGUGAAAAACAAACGUAAAUGUUCAAUUCUGUAAAUUGAUUCCGUUGCAUGUACCCGCACACACAAAAAACCGGUUCGAAAUCUUCCUCCCGUAAAGCAAAUCAAAGCUAAAGCCAAAACAGUCCUGGAAUCCUGAAGUCAUUAUCCAAAUUUGUUCCCUUCCUUCCAUCAUUACCCAUAACCAAGAAUAUUCAAAAUAGCCAGAACUCAACAGUGCAAACGGCAUUUCUUCGCAUUUUUGUUGAAUAAUUGUGCAUAGAAAGUCAAAUCAAACCGCGAAGCAACAAAUUAGCCCCAUACUGCGCAAAUAGUGUGUGUGUGUCUUCUAGUGUUCUAAUUGUAAAGCCUCGAGCAUAUUAAACUUCCCAUCCAUUCAAGAAGCUAGUGAAAGCGACUGUAGGGCAGGUUGGAUUGAACAGCGGCUGGACCCAAACAACGUCAACAGAAACACCUAUUCAAAAACAAGUCGAAGGAUGGACGAGAUCGAGAGAGAAAGAGAGCGCCCCUCGAUGGGGAAGACGAGGUCGGCGUUGAAACGAGGUUGAUUUAAUGGAAAGAUUCACCAUUACACCGAUGGCUCACCCAAAUACAAACCAAAACCACAUACAGAAAAACAUGGGAGUGUCAUAUAAAGCAUAAUCUAAUCAUGCUUUACCACUGUUCCGCUGUUGCUGCUCUCGGAACUAAACCUUCCUUCUUACCAAAAGUAAAGCUAACUAUUGUUCAAUGAUCAUGCAAUUUCUGUUUGCUGCCAACAGAACAACAUUCACACACAUUCAACCGGAUUGUAGAGUUUGAUAAAAGAAAAAGUCCCUUUUUGCUAUUGUAAGUGGCAUAAAAUCAAAAGAACAAACACAAACAACUACAACUCUAAAUUUGAGAGCGAGAAUGCAGAAGGUCGUUUAAAGCCCCGAUACUGGAUUAAGAUAUAAAUGAGAUGUUUAUUCUGUUUAUUAAUCUUUUUGUGCUUUUGAAGUAACAAAAGUUAAAACGUUUAGUUUAUAACUGAUUUAUUUAGUGUUUUUCUUUACUAAGAAUUUAGAGUAGUAAGGCUGGUGUAAAAAAAACUAAAAUGCGGAUUUUGAUUUUUCGAUGCGAAAAAUAAAAGUUUCGGUAGCGAAAAUUUUAUAACAAAAUGUAUAAUGAAUGUAUUAUUACGUACACAUAAAAAUAAAUUACUUGUCUAGUGGAAAAAGUAGUUUUUCUACUGCUGAAGCAACCCAUUUAUUGAAGAAGCGGUAAACUGAAAUGGGAAAAAAUAUUCAAAACGAAAACCGCAUAAUAAGAAAAGGAAAACCGUAACCAGAAACACAAAACGAAACCAAGUAAAGCAAACAAUAGCAUAUACGUUACUGUAAUAAUAAAUUGAUUAAAUGUUGUAACAUGAGAGUUUUUUUCCUUUUGUUUGUCGCUAGCAAACUGUUGGUUUUCAGUAGUACGAGAACAUUAUUUUCAACACUUUGAACAUAGUCAACCACUAUAUGUUUUGCUUCUCCGAAUAAUCAACGUAGAACGAAUGUCGCAUAAAGAUAACAAAAUUUGAGAACAUUUUGGAAAACAGUUUGGAGAAGCUGAAGAUUCUUCCGCCAACAGAAUAUCAAAAUUCCGAUUCGGCCCCUAGAUGUUUUAACAAAGUGAAAAGUAUAAACCUGUCGCUUUAGAGACAAAAGAAGAUGGAAAAAUUUAUUGAUAUAACAUUUUUAAUGAGUAUAAAAUAUUACUAUUAUUAUUGAGUAAAUUAAUAAAAGAUGAAAAUAAUAAAAAAAUACUAGAGAAAAUCUA